UGAAUUUCGUUUUGCUAGCAGUUUUAUUCUUACUCAGCUAGAGCGCGGAAGGUUACAGUUUUAAAAUUAGAACAACGAUUUUUUUUAAUCAUACGUUGUGUAGUGCAAGCGAUGGCUUUUCUUCAUGGACCUUCACCAAAGCAGGCGGAGAUGAUUAAGCAAGAACUUGGCGAGCACCCCGGUGACAUAGAAAGGGGUGUGAUUGAUCUCCAAAGCAUGUGUGCCGCUAACCCAUAUUUGCCACGGCCUGAACAAUUUGAUAAUGUCUUAUUGGAAGUAUUUCUCCGAGGAUGUCGAAUGGACUUCGAAAGAGCUCGGAACAAGCUGGAAGCGUAUUGCUACGCACAUUCGCGGUAUCGAGACCUUUACAUUCAUCGGUCCCUCAACGAAUCGCCGCUAAAUAACGUUUUCAAAUUUCUGGAUAUAGUUCCUCUUCCAAAGUUAACAGACGAAGGUCUGCGUGUCACAAUUUUCAGAGUGAGACCCAAUUAUCCAGAAAAUUCUGUAGAUAUAAAUGCAGCAGUAAAGGCUAUAUUGACAAUUAGCGAUGCCCGCUUACGUGACGAAACACUAAUACUGGGCGACGUCUUCGUUUGGGAGGCGACCCACGUGCGUGCAUCCAUGGCUGCAUACGUAGCAGCCGCUGCCAAUUCAGUGAGACGCAGUAUUUACCUCGCGCAAGCGGCGUACCCGCAACGCAUGAAGCGUAUCCACGUGGUGGGCGCCGCGGGCCUCGUCGCUUCCUCUCUCAACCUCAUGAGGUCGUGCGUCAAUGAAAAAGUUAGGAAACGGUAUUACUUGCACUCCAAAGUAGAUGAAUUGCUAGAACAUUUCCCGGCCAGAAUAAUACCAGCUGAGUGGGGCGGUGAAGAAGAAUCAUUCGAAGUUCUCACAAAGAAAUGGCGGCACAGGGUCGAUGAACUCCGAGAAUAUCUUAGAAAUUUCAAUGAAAUUUGUCAAACUGUUCCAGAACCACAAUUUGAUAUCGAUAUUUAUGGAACUGUUGGAGCAUUCAGGAAGUUAGAAAUUGACUAACGAUAUAUUGAGCAAUGAAGCGCGUUCAAAGCAAUAUUAUGUUUCAAUCGUUUUUAAUGGAAACGCAUUAUUUGGUUAAUGGGAUUAUUCACGCAAUUUAAAAACAUGACAUCCAUAUAGAAUAAUAAUAAGAAUAAUAAGACGAUCGAACUCGAAAUUUAUAUGGUCUUUGAGUGCUCUUAAAAAGUGAUAAUUAAUAACCUGCUGUUACAUGCUCGAAAUGUUUGAGCAGAAAAUAUUUAAGCAUGUUCUAAAAAAAUUACGCAAUUGGUAUUAAGUAGUUAAUAAGAUUGUAUUUGUAAGAACGGACAAAUAGUUUUUGUAGUCGUGUAUUUAGGUAACUAAAACUUAGGUAAAAAUAUGUAAUUUUAGUAUUAAACUGUUUAUUAUUUAA